UUCUCACUCAGCGGUUAGUUUGCUAGCUAGUCAAAAUAUACUGUGGAAGUUGCAUGCUUCUGAACAUUCAUUCAUUUCUGUGUUUUUUCUGGUUUGUGACAAAGGACAACCACACGAAGGUGGAUAAUCAAGUGAAAGACAGGAACAAGUUUGACCAUUACCUACAAGCAUGUUUAAAAAAUUUGAUGAAAAGGAAAACGUUUCCAACUGUAUUCAGCUGAAGACGUCAGUGAUCAAGGGCAUUAAAAAUCAGCUGUUGGAGCAGUUUCCUGACAUCGACGUAUGGCUCAGUCAAAUAAUGCCAAAGAAAGACCCGGUCAAAAUCGUGAGAUGUCAUGAACAUAUUGAAAUCCUGACCGUGAAUGGAGAGCUCCUCUUCUUCAGACAAAGGGACGGAUUAUUUUAUCCUACCCUCAGACUGCUGCACAAAUUUCCCUUCAUUCUUCCUCAUCAACAAGUUGAUAAAGGUGCCAUUAAGUUUGUCCUAAGUGGAGCUAAUAUCAUGUGCCCAGGACUGACGUCUCCUGGAGCCAAACUGUACCCCGCUGCGGCGGAGACCGUCUGUGCCAUAAUGGCAGAGGGCAAGCAGUAUGCACUAUGUGUUGGAGUGAUGAAGAUGUCUGCAGAUGACAUAGGAAAGGUCAACAAAGGGAUCGGAAUUGAAAAUGUUCACUAUCUCAAUGACGGACUGUGGCACAUGAAGACGUACAAGUGACAUCAUCAGACGAACGAUAUGCACUCUGAAUAGUGAGCACCAGGCAGCCCACCUACUGUUAAACGAACGGACUUCACCUUCUACCCAACUGGAUACUUUGAAACCAAUCCCCACGGUCAUGUACAAAUAAAGCCUUCAUUCAAGUUA